AUGGAAUGGGGAAAAAAGAGGACAGAGCGGAGAGCGGAAACGGUCCAGAGGGUCGGUCACGGACAGGCAAUGGGAGAGGAGUUCGUCGUCGUGGCCAGCUACGCUUGUCUGGUGUCGGUCAAGAGGAGCGUCAAAAAUGGUCAUCCUCCCGUUUGGACGCCGCCUGCUGAUUGGCCGGUGGCGGAAAUCUUCGGAACCACUGGCGGGCCGGAAUGGGUCACGUGA